CUCAUUUUCAAAAGGUGUCCAAGUAAUACAGAGCCACAAAAUCUAACACAUUUCUCAGAAUUUUUCCUCCUGGAACUCUCAGAAGAUACAGACGUGCAGCCCAUCCUCUUAGGACUGUUCCUGUCCAUGUACCUGGUCACAGUGCUUGGGAACCUGCUCAUCAUCCUGGCUGUCAGCUCUGACUCCCACCUCCACACCCCUAUGUACUUCUUUCUCUCCACUCUGUCUUUGUCUGAUAUUGGUUUUAUCUCCACCACAGUCCCAAAGAUGAUUGUGGACAUCCUAACUCAUAGCAGAGUCAUCUCCUAUGUGGGCUGCCUGACACAGAUGUCUCUUUUUCUCAUUUUUGGAAGUGUGGAUGAUCUGAUUCUGGCUGUGAUGGCCUAUGACCGGUACGUGGCCAUCUGUCACCCCCUGCAUUAUCCAGUCAUUAUGAACCCUCGCCUCUGUGGCUUCUUAGUUGUGAUGUCCUUUUUGCUUAGUCUUUUGGAAUCCCAACUGCACAAUUUGAUUGUUUUACAAUUUACCCACAUCAAGGAUGUGGAAAUUUCUAAUUUCUUUUGCGACCCCUCUCAGCUCCUUAAUCUUGACUGUUCUGAAACUUUUACCAAAAACAUAGUCCUAUGUUUUGCAGGUGCCGUAUUUGGUUUUCUUCCUAUCUCGGGGAUUCUCUUCUCUUACUGUAAAAUUGUUUCCUCCAUUCUGAGAGUCCCAUCAUCAGAUGGGAAGUACAAAGCCUUCUCCACCUGUGGGUCCCACCUGUCAGUUGUUUGCUUAUUUUAUGGGACUGGCCUUGGGGUGUACCUCAGUUCAGGUGUCUCAGUUUCUCCCAGAAAGGGUGCAGUGGCCUCAGUAGUAUACACUGUGGUCACCCCCAUGCUCAACCCUUUCAUAUACAGCCUGAGAAACAGGGACAUCAAGAGGGGUAUGUGGCGGGCCCUCAGAAAAGCCAUUUAA